AUCAUGCAAGUGCUUCACAUGAACAAAGGGGAAGGGAAGACUAGCUAUGCCAAAAACUCACUUCUCCAGAAGAAGGUAAUCCUAAUUGGCACUCGUGCUGUUAAAACUGCCAUAUAUAACAUCUUAACAGAGGUGCAGCCCGAUAGCAUGGAUGUUGCGGACCUUGGGUGUUCAUCUGGACCUAACUCCUUGACAGCGAUUUCUGAAAUAAUCCGUAUCGUGGAUGCUGCUAGCGAUCAGCUCCGUCGACCUGUACCUGAACUAAAGGUGUUUUUGAACGACCUGCCUGGCAAUGACUUUAACAACGUGUUCAAGUCAUUGCCCGAGCUUUAUGAUAAAGUGAAGAACGAUUACGGCAUUGAAGAAACUUGUUAUGUUUCAGGCUUACCUGGAUCGUUUUAUGGCAGGUUGUUUCCCACAAAUAGUCUCCACUUUGUUCAUUCUUCUUCCAGCCUCCACUGGCUCUCUCAGGUACCAUUGGGUUUGGAACCAAAGGUUGGCUUUCACCUGAACAAAGAGAAAAUAUACAUAUCAAAGAGAAGCUCCACGAGUGUCAUUGAAGCUUACCAACAACAAUUCCAUGAGGACUUCUCAUUGUUUUUGAGGUCGCGUGCUAAAGAAAUGGUUAUGAAUGGCCGAAUGGUUUUGUCAUUCAUGGGUCGCGGAUCCAUUGACCCUCGUGCGGAUAAGGCUGGUUUCCAAUGGGAACUUUUAGGACGUGCGUUAAUGAGCAUGGCCAUAGACGGACUAAUCAAGAAGGAAAAGAUUGAUUCAUUUAACGUCCCUUAUUAUGCACCAUGCGCGGAAGAAAUACAGCUUCAAGUUGAGAAAGAAGGGUCAUUCAUAAUCAAUAGUAUUGAAGCAUUUGAGAUACAAUGGGAUGAUGUUGAUUUAAGUGGUCUCAAAGAGUCAUGUGGCAAUUUUUUGUCCAAAACAUAUCGAGCCGUAGCGGAACCAAUGUUAGAUAGUCAUUUUCAUCUUGGGCCCGAAAUGAUGGAAGAGUUGUUUCGAAGAUAUGCUAUUAUCAUUGAUGAUUGCAUCACGGAAACAACAUCCAAGUUUACUCAAUUGGUCAUUUCUUUCAUCAAGAAGGGAUAAGAAUAUUCCAACCCAGCCUCAUCCAACUUUUUAUUCACAUUUACAAUAAAACCAAAACUGAUAUUCUAUUACAUAUAUAUGAUUUACAAAUAAGAGAACUACCAUUAAAAGAAUAAUGAAAUGUGGGCGAACAAUUAUUUAGGUUGUAACCAUGGGUUGUGUAUACUACUUGUUCGUCCAAAGAUAGAAGCAUUUACAGUUAAAAAUAAUGUAUUUGUUUUCCUGUUAUC